AUGCUGCCAAAAUUUAACAAGUGGCUGCCUCUUCUAUUUUUCUUCUUUUCAACUUGUACUGCAUAUUUUGCCACGCGUGAAAACUGCUGUAUCUUGGAUGAACGAUUCGGCAACUUUUGUCCUACAACAUGCGGCAUUGCAGAUUUCAUAGCUAGAUAUCAUUUGGAUGUUGAUCGAGAUUUGCAGAACCUUGAACAAAUGAUGGGGGACAUUUCUAAUUCUUCAGGAGUAACUGACAAUUUGAUACGCCAUAUCCGACAAGAGCAUGCCUCACAGCCAGCAGCUCAGUCAAAUGUAAUUCCAGGUUAUACACAGAAGUCCAGACAAAUCAUUGAUGAAAUUAUUAGAUAUGAAAACAUCGUUGUGGGCUAUGAAAAUACAGUACAGCAAUUGACAAACAUACUGAUAUCAAACAAUAACAAGAUUCAGUCACUAAAGCAGAAAACUGCUCAGCUCGAAGCACAAUGUCAACAGCCAUGUAAAGACACUGUUCAGAUACAAGAAUUAACUGGAAGAGAUUGUCAAGACAUUGCUAAUAAAGGUGCCCGGCAGAGUGGGCUGUACUUCAUAAAACCCCUGAAAGCCAAGCAACAGUUCCUGGUGUACUGUGAAAUCGACACUCUGGGCAACGGGUGGACAGUUUUACAAAGGAGGCUUGAUGGCAGUGAAGACUUUAACAAAAACUGGAUUCAAUAUAAGGAAGGAUUUGGACAUCUGUCACCAAAUGACAAUACAGAAUUCUGGUUGGGAAAUGAAAAGAUUCAUUUAAUAACUACGCAGACUACAGUUCCAUAUGCCUUGAGAGUAGAGAUGGAGGAUUGGGCUAAUCAAAAAAGCUAUGCAGAUUAUGCCCAUUUCAAGUUGGGAAAUGAAGCUGACAAAUACCGUUUGACCUAUGCCUUCUUUGCUGGGGGUGAAGCUGGGGAUGCCUUUGAUGGGUUUGAUUUUGGAACUGAUCCGAGUGACAAAUUUUUUACUUCUCACAACGGCAUUCAGUUUAGCACGCAUGACAAUGAUAAUGAUAAAUUUGAAGGCAACUGCGCUGAACAAGAUGGAUCUGGGUGGUGGAUGAACAAAUGUCACGCUGCCCAUCUGAAUGGCAAAUAUUAUCAAGGAGGUGUUUAUAGCGAGAAAGAUGCUGGUCCAAAUGGCUAUGACAAUGGCAUUACCUGGGCAACUUGGCGUGAUCGAUGGUAUUCCAUGAAGAAAACAACUAUGAAAGUCAUUCCUUUCAGCAGACUUACAAUUGUAACAGGGCAGCAAAGUGGAGGAGCAAAAGAUGUUGAACUCUCACACCGUGGAGACAUUUAG